AGGUCGGUGCGUGGUGUAUUGUGGACCGCAACGGUCCUACAGAACCGUAAGAAUAGUUAGUACUAUAUUUACUAGAGAUGACUAGUGCAGUUAGUGUGGUGCAGGCCACUAGUCUGAGUGGUGAAGGCUCGGACUGUGUGGUGCUCGUGACGUCAUCACUAGACCUGCUCUCCUCCAUCAAUUACGUAGCAGCUUCUGCUCCUAUAAAAACUGCCAUCAACGACCAAAUCGCCCUAGAUGCAUCAGCCGGCAAGGCGGGGUGCGUGGUGCGGGUGGCGGGUGUGGCGGGGGCGCGUGUGGUCUACGCACCCACCGGUCCGCUGGACCGCGACUACGAUGAUGCCCGGCGCUGGACCGAGGCCGCGGACGCCGGCAUCAAGAGAGCCUUAGGAUGCGGUUGCUCACGCCCCCUGCUGGUGGUGGUGGGUCCGCCCUCAUGGCGGUCCGCCGCCCUGCUGGCGGUGGUGGGGGCGCUGGACGCGGCGUACGUGCCCCUGGAGGUGCGCGAGGCGCGGCCCGACAAGCGCGUCAAACUCGCACAGCUCGCCGUGCUCGUCGCCCCCGCCGUCCUGAAGCUCGCGCAGCAGCUCGACGCUGCCAAGAGCGUGGCAAAAGACAUCGGGGGCAGCGACCCCGAGCGCAUGGCCCCUCCCCGUGUGGAGGAAUACGUGAGGCAAGUGUUCGGCCAGAGCUCCUGCGUCAGCGUGGAGGUCGUCAGCGAUGAUGAGGAGCUGUGUCAGCACUACCCUCUGUUCUCUGCUGUCAACAGAUGUGCCAAGGGCGUGGAGCGCCACCGCGGAAUCAUUAAUGAAUGCGUUGCGUCUGCGUCAGGUGGAAGGAGCGUUGUGCGUGGUGCGCAACAGCGUGGGGCGCGAUCAUUAAUGAAUGCGUUGCGUCUGCGUCAGGUGGAAGGAGCGUUGUGCGUGGUGCGCAACAGCGUGGGGCGCGACUGCUACGUGGCGGACGAGAUCAUCACGAGCAGAGCGGGCGUGCGCGUGCGCAUUGGCAACACGGACGCUGAGGGGCGCAUGGCCAUGGGUGAUGUGCUGGCCCGCAUGAAGGAGAGGGCCCUGGGGCAGCCUGAUCCUCACUUGUUCACGUGGGCGACGUUAACGGGCCACUGCUGCUUGGCGGUGGGCGACGGCUACACCGCCAUCAUGGAUAACGGGCCCGCCAGGGAGGCCGACGUCGCGAGGACCGUUCAAGAGGCGGGCGAUGCCAUCGCUGAGCCCGUCGAGGUCUCGACCAUCAGGCGGGAGGACUUCAGUUUCCACGCCGGCAAGAGCGAGUACGAAGACGUGCUGCAGUGCAACAACCAGCCGUCCUCACGCACCCCCCGGGGGCACCAGAGCCCCGCUGCCUUCCUCAUCCUCGCGUCGGGGCUGGACAAGCAUGGCCGCGACUCCGCCACUCCUCUCAAGUACAGCCACGUCGACAUCGCCGCCUCUUCGGGGCCUUUCCCUGGCCUUCCAACCGGGGCUCCAUUGAUGGCCUUCGCACGGGCCUUCUCUCCUGAGCUCUUUGAAUAAUUUCCUUCUCUCCAUGCUUACAUUUAUUGCUCUUUAAAUGGAAUAUUCUGCUGUUUAACUUGAACCCUUCACGGGUUAUCGUUCGCGCUACACGCGAAUAUUCUUAUGGUUUAUUGUUUCAACAAAAAUUUGCUAGGCCCUCUGGAAGACAUUAAGGAUAUUUUUUAUGUCAGUCGAAUAAUUCUUGCCAUUUACAUUAAAAAUGUCACGAGAUGUAGUGCUGGUAACAGCAGCCAAGUUCCAUCACUUGAUGCGAACACAUCUGUCAAGCCUCACGACUAACGUCGUUCUAUCUCAGAUCCACGACUGGCCUUGUAUUGUUAGAAAUUUUCCUCAAUUAUAAUCUAUGUGUUGAUAGUCGCAAAUUCACACGUCACACAGAUUGGAGUUUCGAUUCAGCUUUUGAACGGAUGAUUAUUGUUUGAACAUGAUUAAUUGAUAUCUAUAUUGUGAUAUUGCAGAGCUUAAUGCUUUUUUGGCAUUAACAUCGUCUGCUGGCAAGAGAGACUUAACUGUUGGCUUGUGGUUUGCAACGUGCCGUGAUCCACAAUCAUUUAAAUAUUCACAAUUAAUCCAUUAAAUAUAUUGCAUAGUGUCGCCAUUAAGCAUUUAUUUGGUACUUAUUACAAGAAACUUUUGAACCUACACAUUUUGCUAAUAAAUACAAAUAAACUGUGCUGCUUGUUCAGUACUGUAUCCGGUGCAGUGCGACAGAUCAUCUGGAGGCAGGUAUUACGGAGACCUAAGAUGCCUGGAAUCCGAUAGAUAUUUAAAGUUUAUACAAAGACGAUUUACAAUACACGGUGUCUGUGAUGGGUA